AUGUACGACACGUCGGCGGUACCGAUUUUCACAGGUGAAAACUACUCCGCGUGGAAGUUUAAGUUCCAAGUGCUCAUGAUGGAGCGGGGACUUUGGGGUCUCUUCGAUGGGACGGAGAAGAAGCCGGACGACGAGAGCGACAUCGCGGCUUGGAAGAAGAAGGACCAAAAGGCGUUCGCUACGCUAAUCUCGCGGAUCGGCAUCAACCUCGUGAGCUCGGUGCGCACGUGCAUCAAGCUCGAAGCGUCGGCGCAUGAGGCGUGGAAGCGGCUCGAGACAAUGCACGUGAACAAGACUCUCCACGGCAAGAUCUUGGUCCGGAAUGCGUUCUACACGGUGAAGUUGCGCGCGGGCGAAUCGAUGCACGAGUAUGCGACUCGUGUGGAGGAACUUGGGGAAACGUUCGUAGACCUCGGUGGAACGGUCACGGAGGAGGAUUGGAUUUUGACCUUGCUUUGCGGUCUUCCGGAAGAGUGGUCGACGGUGAUAACGACACUCGAUAGCGUGCAAGACACUUGGACAAAGGAAACGGUGGUCGGUCGGCUUCUCCAUGAGGAAUCGCGUCGCCGACAAUUCGCUAAUGAGAGCGUGGAGACCGCCAUGUUCUCCGGAGGGAGUUCCGGAGGAAAGUCCAAGUGGAGCAAGGGUGCGACGAAGAAGUCGUACGGUGGAAGCGAUCGCGGCAAGGGGAACACAUCAAACGGCACGAGCAAGUGCCACUAUUGCAGCAAAGCGGGACACUUUUGGCGAGAGUGUCGGAAGCGUCCGAGCGAUUGGACUCCAUCGAAAGCGCGGAACCAAGAGGGCAACGCGCACACGGCAUCCGGCGAGGCGGAUGAUACAAGGGAGUCGAUCGUGUUAUUGGCCGGUGACGGGACCAACACUCCAAACGACGCGUGGUUCCUUGACACAGGCGCAACACAACACAUGACUCACUCGGCAUCGUUCCUCACCAACGUUGGUGCACCGGGAAACGUCACGCGCGUCGUCUUCGGAAACAGCAAGUCGCUACCGGUGGUCGGAGUUGGGAGUACGCGUCUCAUCGUCGAUGGCGGACCGGUGGACAUCACGAACGUGCUUCACGUCCCGGGAUUGAAGGUGAAUCUACUCUCCGUCACUCAACUCGCGAAGAAGGACGUGAAGGUCACCAUCGAUGGCGCAAAGAUGAACCUCUUUUGGAAGGGGAAGCAAUUCGCACAAGGCGUUCUCAACGGAGAACUCUACCAACUCAAGACGCACUCGGAAGCGGCUUCAUGCAACGUGGCGCAAGGCUCCAAAGCGACUCUUAAGGCGUGGCAUAAUCGACUUGCGCACGUCAACUGCGACUCGGUCAAGGAGUUGAUCAACAAAGAACUUGCGAAGGAAAUCGACAUGAUCGCCGGCAACGACGAGAAGGGCGUGUGCGGGGCGUGUGUCGAAGGAAAAAUGGCUCGCAAGCCAUUUGGUAGCCGUACUUCUCCCCUCGCUAAGGACCCGCUUGCGCUUGUUCACAUGGACGUGUGUGGACCGAUGCGGUGUGCAUCAAAGGGAGGAGCAUGGUUCCUCUUGGUGAUGCUCGACGACGCGACGCGGAUGUGUUGGACCCGACUCUUGAAGGCUAAGGGAGAUGCGGCCAAGACGAUUCAAGAGUGGGCGCUCGAAGUUUGCGACGACGACAAGAAGCGGAUCAAGUGUAUUCGCACCGAUGGUGGUGGCGAAUUCGUGAACGCGGAGCUUGAGAAAUGGAUGAAAUGCAUGGGCAUUAAGCACGACGUCACAACUAUUCUCUAG